AUGGCUCAGCUCCUGAGUAGCAUCCUCAAUGUGAUUAAGGUGUUCCAUGAAUACGCCAGUAUGAAUGAUGACUGCACAUCCCUGUGCAAGAAAGAACUGAAGCAGCUUCUCCUGCAGGAGUUCAAGGAGAUCCUUCGGAGACCACAUGACCCUGAUACAGUUGACACCAUCUUGCAGCUCUUAGAUCGGGACCAUGAUGAAAAAGUAGACUUCAAUGAAUUUCUCUUGUUGGUGUUUAAAUUGGCUCAAUCCUGUUAUCAAAUUCAGAGUAAAAAAUCAUGUAGAGAUAGAAUUGGGGCCCACCAAGAACGAGGAAGAGAAAGAACCCGGGACCAUCAUUUUCCAGAGGAGGAUGUAGGAAAGCAACAAAAACAGAAGCAUAGGAGACAAAGGCAAGAUUCCCACUGUGGUCAGUCUGAGAGGCAAGAUGACUCUCGCUAUGGUCAGUAUGAGGGACGAGAUGAGGAUUCCCGCUAUGGUCAGUAUGAGGGACAAGAUGAGGAUUCCCGCUAUGGUCAGUACGAGGGACAAGAUGAGGAUUCCCGCUAUGGUCAGUAUGAAGAAGAUGAGGAUUCCCGCUAUGGUCAGUCUGAGAAACAAGACCAGCAUUCUCACCGGGGUCAGCCUGAGAAACAAAAUAAGACCUCUCGUUAUGGUCAAUCUGAAAGGUUAGGACAGGACUCACACCACACUAAUUCAAAAAGACAAGGACAGGAUGCUCACUCUGAUCAGUCCAGAAGGAUGAGACAGGAAUCAAGUUGUGGUCAGUCUGAGAGACAAAGGUAUGUCUCUUGCAUAGGUCAAAAUAAAAGACAAAGUCAAGGCUUUGAUUAUACUGAACCUGCAAGACAAGACGAUGGUUUUCAUUAUAGUCAGUCUCAAAGGCUGGGACAAGACUCACGCUGUGGUCAGUCAGACAGACAAAGACUAAACACUGGUAAUUGCCAUUCAGGUAGACAAGGACAAGAGUAUUACUAUGGUCAGUCAGGGAGACAAGGACUGGACUCUCAUUAUGACCAAUCAGGAAGAGAAGGAUUAGAUUCUCACUAUGACCAGUCAGGAAGGCAAGGACUGGACACUCAGUGUGGUCAAUCAGGAAGGCAAGGAUUGGAUUCUCACUAUGGCCAGUCAGGAAGGCAAGGACUGGACACUCAAUGUGGUCAGUCAGGAAGGCAAGGAUUGGAUUCUCACUAUGACCAGUCAGGAAGGCAAGGACUGGACACUCAGUGUGGUCAAUCAGGAAGGCAAGGAUUGGAUUCUCACUAUGGCCAGUCAGGAAGGCAAGGACUGGACACUCAGUGUGGUCAGUCAGGAAGGCAAGGAUUGGAUUCUCACUAUGACCAAUCAGGAAGGCAAGGACUGGACACUCAAUGUGGUCAGUCAGGAAGGCAAGGAUUGGAUUCUCACUAUGACCAUCAGUCAGGGAGACAAGGAUUAGAUUCUCACUAUGGCCAAUCAGGAAGGCAAGGACUGGACACUCAGUGUGGUCAGUCAGGGAGACAAGGAUUAGAUUCUCAUUAUGGCCAGUCAGGAAGACAAGGUCUAGACACUCAAUAUGACCAGUCAGGAAGACAAGGUCUAGACACUCAAUAUGACCAGUCAAGAAGGCAAGGACUGGACACUCAAUAUGGCCAGUCAGGGAGACAGGGACUAGAUUCUCACUAUGGCCAGUAUGAGGGAUUUGGACAAGAAUCGAGCUAUGGUCGAACAGACAGACAAGGUUUGGAUUCUGGUUAUAGACAUUCUGAGAUACAGGGCCAAAAUCGUCAGUUCCAAAGUAGCCGAAGAGCAGAACAGGAAGGGCAGGGGCUAACUAGAAGCCAGGGGUAUCUAUCUGGGGAAGACAGACAGAGCCACUUCGGACAGGGGCUAUGGCAACCAGAAAGGGAGUCUGAGCAGCGUCAACGUAAGUUGUAUGCCCAGUCUGUGGAGGAAAGACCUCUUUGCCAUAAAGGGAAAGAUUGGCAGCAGAGUGGCAGUCAACAGACUGGAGGACAAAGGCGUGAAGAAAAGCAAGUCCAUCAAAGAUACCACCAGCAAACACAUGAAGAAGAAGAGGUUCAUCAGACCAGGGAUAGACAAGGUCAUGAGGAGCAGGGAACCUCUUCUCAGAGGCGGGACAGACAGACCUGUGGCAAUGAGCAAAGUCAUCAGCUGCAGGACAGUCGAACACAGAACAGGCAAACCCAAGAAAAUGAGAGGUAUCCUCAGACCCGGGACAGACAAGAUCGACAAGCCUGUGGUAAUGAGCAAAGUCGUCAUCUGAGGGACAGGCGAACCCAUGAGACAGAAGAAAGCGAGGAAGAAGAGAGUUCAUGUCAGACCUAUGAAGGGCAAAGACGACAAGAGACCCAGAAUCGGCGAUGGCAAAAAGACCAACAGAGUUAUCCUCAGAAAGAAGGCUCCUCCAUGCGUGAGCGUGAUCACCUACAUCAUCAGAGACAGGGUUCUCAGAGGAGGCCUGGGAACCAAAGUUCCCAGCCAAGCCAGGCCUAUGGAAAUCUUGGAGGAAGAUCAUCUGAUGGAAGCCACCCCACUAACUCAACUGUUUCUCCUAGCCCCCUCUACAAGUAUGUACAAGAGCAAAAAGGCCAGAGGCAUCACUACUAA